UGCCUAUUGUGCUAGGCAGGGCGUACUCAACCCUACAUACAGCCCCACAGGUGGCAUAGGCUCGGUGAGAAGGUUCCCGCCAGGCUAGGCAGUGGAGCGCCGCACCGCGCUUCCUCCCGCCUCGCAGCCACCGCCCAAGCAGUUCCGACCCAGCGCCAGCAGGCCUGCUUGGUCGAUCUUCGAGCCGAAGAUGCGGCGGGGCUGGAAGAUGGCUCUGUCCGGUGGACUGCGCUGCUGCCGCCGGGUACUGUCCUGGGUGCCAGUGCUUGUUAUUGUCCUCGUCGUGCUCUGGUCCUACUAUGCCUACGUCUUUGAACUCUGCCUGGUGACUGUUUUGAGCCCAGCUGAAAAAGCUCCAGUUUCCUAUUACUCAUUUAACAGAGGUGUCAGCUGUAGAAGCAACAGAGCAGAGUGAUUGGGAGACUGUAGAUCAUGGUAGUUAAACAUGUGGGUUCUGUCUGAAUUCAAAUCCUAGCCCUGCUACUUCUUAAUAAGUUAUUUCACCUCCUUGUGCUCAUUCUAUUCAUGUGUAUAAUAGAAAUAAUAAUACCUGUUUCAUAGAGUUGUGAAAAUAUGAUGAGUUGAUGCAUGUAAAGCACUUAGAACAGUGGCGAGCAAAUCACAUAC